GCCGACCAGCCGACCCGGCCUAGUACCACCAGAUACAUCUUAUCAUCAAUUUCUCCACUUACGCCAACACGCGACCUACUUCCAUUGACGCGUUUUAUCUAAUCUGAUAACUCUUUGUCUCUCGUUGAUUGAGCCUGUUUUUCGGAAUUGGUAGAUGCGAUACGUUGCUCUUGAAGCCUUGACCAAUACCGACGAAAUACUCCAUCUGCUGAGUAUCUGACUCCAUGUCGCCAACCGCCGAAACUCUUGAGAAAGAUCUCCGCGAUGGGGUCCGCGCUCUCGUCGCUGAACGCGGGUGGGAUCAGGUAACCGUGAACAACGUCCGACAAUAUGUCGAGGACAAGGGAGAGCUAGAACAAGGAUUCUUCAAGGCGCCGGAGUGGGAGGCGCGUAGCAAGAAGAUCAUCAAAGAAUUUGUUGCUCAGUUGCUAGCCGAAGAAGAUGAAGCUCCAUCAUCCUCGGCGGCCAAUGUCAAAUCGGAAGCUAAAAACGGGAUUAAGCGACAAUCGAGCGAAGAGCCUUCCCCAUCACCCAAGCGCCAGAAGAAAGCAUCUCGUGCCGCUCCGUCUAAAAGAGCUAAAGCGAAGAAGGAAGAAUCAGAAUCGGCGCUUAGCGACUUGGAAGACCAGAGCGAUUUUGGAGAGCAACCAAAGAAAGCAACUAAGCAAAGGGUCGCUAAAAAAGAGGAGUCUGAUUCAGAGUUGAGCGAUCUUGAUUCGCCAGAGGAUGAACCUAAGAAUGCUAAGCCACAAAAAUCCAUUUCACGUCGAGGAGCCAAGAAGGAGGAAACAGAAUCCGAGUUAAGCGACCUGGAUGAUUCGGAAAACGAGCCAAAGAAGAAGACAAAGGGCAUAAAGAAGGCUACGCCUCGGCGCAAGACCAAAAAGAUUACCAAAAAAGAAGAAGCAGCUAGUGAUCUAGAGGACUCGGCAGCAGGAAAAAAGCGAAAACGUGCGGCACCUGCUAAAAAGCGAAAUACUAAACGCGCCAAGGCGGAAUCGGAUAGUGAAGACGAUUUGUCAGACGAGAAGAAGGAAGUCACAAAGGAUGAAGUUGAAUCUACUGCCGAUGAAAAAAGUCUGCCUCAGCCGAGAGUAAAUGCUAAGACUGAAUCGAAAGCAGAGGAAUCAGGCGAGGAUACCAAACUAAAUGUUGUGGAUAUCAAGGACAACAAAGAUAUCAAGGAGGCAGACGCCGAUGACUCAGGUUCAGAUUUGUCGUCCGUUAUAGACGACCCCCCUCCCAAAAAGCGAAAACCCAGAGAACCGAAGGGUGCUCCUAAGCCUAAGCAGGCAAAGGAAUUGUCUGCAGACGAUACGGAGAUCAAGAAACUCCAAGGCCAAUUACUCAAGUGCGGAGUUCGCAAGAUAUGGGGCAUCGAGUUGAAGAAGUAUGGUGACGAUAGCAAGGCCAAAAUUAGGCAUCUGAAGGAAAUGCUUCGAGAUAUCGGGAUUGAAGGUCGCUUUUCCGAGGCGAAAGCUAAGGAAAUCAAGGAAAAAAGAGAACUCAUGGCAGACCUAGAAGCUGUUACGGAGAUGAAUCGGAACUGGGGUAGCGGAGCGGGUAGACGUGCUUCUAGGAGCAAGACCACCAAGAAGACAUCGAAAGGAGAAUCCGAUGAGGACCAAGAUGCCAAGGAUGAAGAGGAUGAGGACGAAGAAGUCAAGGGCAACCCACGCGUGUCAAAGCGAAUGGCUGAUUUAGCCUUUCUGGGAAGCGACAGCGAGUCUGAUUAAAUGGUCUACGGAGCAAUGACAGUGACAAGGUUGUCAGUACCGAGCAUGAUAUGAUAUGAACGGAUUGACUGAGCUUGAUGAAAUCCGUGUGUUUUUACAUGUAACUAGUUACUUUCCGGCGUUCAUCUUCUGAGCUAUGAGGCUAAAAAUAGCAACUGAGCCCAUGAACAAGACAGCAUUAUAAAA